AUGGAAAUCAAAGAAGUAGAUGACAGGGCAGAACUACUAAGAUAUACCGACAAUAUUCCCUUACUCGGAAAGCUAGUCAACCAUCAACCAUUAUGGAGUACAAAUCCCAAGUUAAAAUCCUUUUCGUUGGAAAAAAUAUCAGCUCCUGACCAAAGGCGUGUGCAAGAGGCAUUAGUUGUGAAAGACCUUUUAAAUGUAUUGAUUGGACUUGAGGGAACAUACAUCAGAUAUUUUAAUGAUUACGAACCCAGUGACCCAGAAACACCAAUAGAAUUUAAAAUUGCAAAGAAAAUGGACCCAUCAUUCAAAACAUUCAGUAGAAGAAUUGUUAGGUAUGGUAAACAAUACAUGAUAUUAACGAGGGCGUAUGAAAAAUGGUCCGACGCAAGUUUUGGAAUGGUUUUGCAAAGAUUUGGUUAUGAAAUCAGGAAAUUUUUAGAGGAUGUUUAUUUAAAAACGUUAGUUGAAAGACUCGAAAGAGACUUCAAUAAAGUACCUAAUUUUUCCAUCAGAGAACUAGAACAAAUUAUUAAUGAAACAGAAGUAAACAAACAAAUGGAGUUGCUUUACAAUGUUUAUGAAGAAAUUUGUAGAGAGAUAGAAGAAAGAAGAACAAACCAAUCUUCACAAGAAGACUUCAAUAAUUUCAUGGACAAUAUGAAAAACGAAAGCAGCUUACACUUAAGAUUGAUGGUGGCGUUCGACACAACAGUAUAUCCAGUACCCAAAGGUGGUGCCAUAUUAAAAAUUUUUCAGCAAAAAAUACUCGAAAAUUUGGGUGAUAGGUCAAGCGUAAUAUUUUUGAAAAAGCUAUUGAACAAUAUAAGCCAAGACUACUGUACAAUGUUGUAUGAGUGGUUAACACAGGGUAUAUUAAACGACCCUUACCAAGAAUUUAUGACUUAUGAUGAUUUAGAAGGUAAAACGGAUAAUAUAUUUGACGCAAGAGACAGAGCGUGGGACACGCAGUACUUCAUCAGAAAAGAUGUAUUAUUACGGGAUUGUGACUCAGAAGAAGAUAAAAAUCUACUCUUCAAGAUGUUAAGGACUGGCAUUUUGCUCAAAGUAGUGCGAGCUAGCUUACAAAUAUCUACCAUACCUUCUAAUAGCAGUGAUAUAACCAUUCAAGAAAUCCAAGAUUUUGCUGACUUGAUGGAGGGUUCUAAUCUUGAACUUUAUGUGGAUAAAUGUUACAACAGAGCUAAUAAAAUCUUUUUAAAGUUGUUUUUUCAGGGUUACGAUUUGAUCAAUAUAACAAAACAAUUGGAAGAAAUUUUUCUUGGAUAUCAAUCUGGUCAUAAUAUUUUGAAAUUUCUAACUAAAAAUAUGGGUGAGUUGACCAAGCACUACAGAAAUAAUAAUAAUGCAAACUACGACAAGCUACUACAGAAUUUUGAGUUAGAGAGACAAUCAGAGCAUCCAAACAAUUUGAUGAGGCAACUCCUGACGGUACAGUUCGAUACAGAAACACUUCCGCAAGUUUUAUCGCAUUAUCUCCAGAUUUAUCCAGAAAUAUCUGAGAACAACCCAGCAGACGAUAACAGCGACCCAUUGAUGCAGGCGAAUAAUUUCAAGAAUAUGAACGCCAUUCUCUUUGACGAACUAAGUAAAGAACGAACGGGCGCCAACCAUGGGCCUGAUCUAGAACUAUACACGUCCAAAAGCGCAAUUUAUCAUUUAAAAUUGGACAUCAACGUACCGUAUCCAUUAAAUAUCAUUAUUAGUAGGACGUGCAUGAUAAAAUACCAAAUAAUUUCGCGCUACCAACUUGUUUUGCAAUAUCACUCAAAACUUUUAGAUGAAACUUGGAUGGACUUGAAUAAAAAUCCCAGCUGGAAAUACAGACGCUAUUCAACUACUGUGAAGAGGAGAAUUAUAAGAGCUACGAGGGUACUGCAUGGUAAAAUGAACCAUUUUAUUAAAGCCGUAAUGGAAUAUUUCAACCAAAACGUAAUUGAUAAAGAGGUGCACUCAUUAGAAAAGUGCUACAGGAAUCCUACUCUAGCCGUUGCUAUCCAAAAUGAACUAGAGGGCGGAUUAACAAAUAUAAUGACAAAUCGUUGUUUGUCUGAUUUGAUUCCACUACAGUUACAAAUAUUCGACAUUGUAUAUAAGUUUUGCAAGUUCAUCAAGUCUAUGAAAGCAAAAUUAUGCCAACUGGAUCCCGUACUAUAUGAGAACCACAAAAGCGGGAUGAUGAAAAAACUAAACGAAAGCUAUCGUACAAACAAUGGCGGUCAGGAGGAUAUAGGUUACCAAGAGGAUGCCGCCCUGGAAUUAAUUCAGAAACUGAUUGAAUACAUUACCAACGCGUCCAAAAUUUUUGAGAUGUGUCUCAUAAACUUUACUCAAGAAUUAAGUACUGAGAAGUUCGAUUUCUACGAUAGCUCAAGUGUCGAUGCUGCGGGUAUAGAGAGGGUUCUUUACUCUAUAGCGCCCCCUCGCUCAGCACCGGCUUCUUCCCAAAAAUGA